UGUCACCAAGCACCGGGGGCGAUACAGGUCUUCCUCUAUAUAUUCUUCCCGGUUCGAUGAAUGAGAGCAGCGCACCGAAACAGAAACGCGACUGAGCAAACAAACACCGAACAGAAAAAACAUGGUGAAGAUCACUUUCCAGCCAGUUUCAGCGCAGAAGCCUGAAAAAGACAACGAUGAAGACAAGAUCAUUAUACCUCAGGCUCAAGAGCAGCUGGUUCUUCCCGGCAGGUCCAAGAAGCCUUUUCCAACGGGCCUCUGCUGCCUCACCUUUGGCCUGGUGCUCUUCAUGUCAGGACUGGUGCUAGCCUCUAUCUAUGUCUAUCGCUACUACUUUAUACCUCAGCAGAUCCCAGAAGACAGCUUGUUCCACUGCCGGGUCGUCUACGAGGACUCUGUGUUUGCUCCUCUGAGGGGUAGGCUGGAACUGGAGGAGAAUGUGGGCAUCUACCUUGACGAUAACUACGAGCAGAUCAGCGUACCUGUGCCACACUUUGGAGGGAGUGACCCUGCUGAUAUCAUCCAUGACUUUCAGAGGGGCCUCACAGCUUAUUACGACAUCGCUUUGGACAAAUGCUACGUCACUGAGCUGAACACCACCCUGGUGAUGCCUCCCCGUAACCUGUGGGAGCUGCUCAUCAAUGUCAAGAGAGGGACGUACCUUCCUCAGACUUACAUCAUCCAGGAGGAGAUGGUGGUGACAGGGAGGGUGAGGAACAUGAGGCAGCUGGGCCCCUUCAUCCACCGGCUCUGUUAUGGCAAAGAAACCUACCGCCUCAGACGUCGGAACCAGCACAGACGUAUCGAUAGGCGUGAGACCAAGAGGUGCCACAGCAUCCGUCACUUUGAGAACACAUUUGUGGUUGAGACUGUCAUCUGUGACAGGGUCUAAAUCUGAGGUAGAAAGCACAGUCAUCCAACGCGAAAGCCAACUCAAAACCAUACCUCUUCUUUAGGCUUUUAAACGCACUUUAAGAGCAAGUUUUGUCCAACAGUUUUUACUUUGUCUUUUUUUUCUGUGUAUCUUUUUCUGUUUUUUUUUUGUCUCUAGUUGGAAACGCUCUUUAAUUGUUCAUGCACAAUGCUAAUGUCUUUUUUUAUUUAGAUUGUCUGUAUAUUUGGAUGAUGUUAUCAAUGUUUGAAUAUCUCUGUAGCUUGUCAAGUGUGUGCAUAGGAUGUCAAUGUUUCAGUGCGUCUAUUUGGGACAUUUUCAUCACAAGUCUUGAUUUGGUUUAAUUUGAGAGUUUUAUUCAAACUUGUCC